GGUUAGCAUCCCUAUGAAAUGACGACCUAAUCAUCAACCAACCCGGUGGCAUCACACAUGGCUUGCUGGAAAAUCCAUCAUCUAGUUCAAUGAUUUUCCCAUGAAACCGCCAUUUUGAUUAUAUAGAGAUUUCCUGGCUGGAAACAUGGGAUGCUGAGUCUCAUUUUUUUGGAUGUGUUAAAUUGCCAAAGAUGUCUGGAUGUCUGCCAGAAAACCACACCAUCGACUUCUCCGCGCAGGAUUUUACGGAGGAUAUCAGUUCGCCUUUGUUCUGCCUGUGGGCUUCGUGUACUUUGGUGCCUUGUACGGCAUCAUGCUCCAUCCUGAUUCCUUCCGGCACUUUGUGACUGCAAGAAGUAUGUGGUUGGACUCGGUCGUGCUGCCGGACCCUUACGGCCUGCUGCCGUGUCUGUCUGCCCUGUGUUUGUUGGCCAAUGCGGAGCUCAACACCUCAGCGCCCAAACCUGGGCAGGAGUCCAAUGCUGAGUACAUGAAGUUGGUGGUGAGAGGUACCAUGGACAGCUGGGUCUCUGCCAGCAGCCACAUUCCUGUACAUCACAACGAAUAUUCUCUACACGGCCGCUGUGACGUGGUUCUAUGGCAAGUACCGAUGGGUCCCACCCAAGCUGAGCCCAAAGUGGCGAUUGGAAGGGCCAAAAAAAGGUCAGAAGAGGAGCUACAACGCUUGCGCGCCAAUGCGGGCGCAGCAUGGUCUGGGGCGGAACACUCCAACCUGCUGGCUUUAGACAUGGAAUGGGUUCCAGACAGGAGCAGAAACCAGAACAACAAAGUGGCCUUGAUUCAGAUUGCAGUUGGAGAUAGCGUGUGGCUGUUUCGCACCUGCGAGAUCCCUCUACCGCAGGAGCUUCGAGAGAUCUUCCUGGAUCCAUCUGUCACCAAGUUGGCCGUGUCCUUUGACUCGGCAGAUCGAAAGAAGUUGCAGAGCUCCUUCGGAAUAAGCUGUGAAGGCCUGUUGGAUAUCUCGACCUUGGCAAAGGGGCUAGACAUCCAAGGCUGUGGCCUCAAAAAACUGGCGCAACGCUAUGGCCUGCGGAUAGAGAAGGACAGAGAGAUCAGCAUCUCCAAUUGGGCGGCAACCACGUUGUCAACGAGGCAGUUGCAGUAUGCCCGGGACGAUGCCUUCUUCACUCUGUGGCUCUGCGCGCCGUUGCUUCGGGAGCUGCCGGAGCUGCCGAAGGAUGGCGCGGCUGUGCUGGAAAUGGUGGAAAGGUCCUGGGCGGCAGUUGAUGCUGCAGUGAGCACGGAGGACUGCGAGGCAAAAGACUUGGCCCUGCUUUCCUUCGUCACUGAGCUUCAUGGUGUGCUGCUGAAGCAUGGCCCUCUGCCGUUGCAGCAGAUGGGAGGGCUUUUGGAUCCGCGCGGCGUGCCCUUCCGAGAGCAAGCACGCAUGCUGGAGAUUCGUUUGAGCAAGGACUUCUUUAGGGAAGAAAAAGGCUGGUUCCACUUGAGCCAAACAAAGGGCCAGGAGGUUCUGCGAGCCAGAACUGCCUUUGAGGUGGCCCCAUUCAGCGAGCGCGAGCUGGCGGUCUCUUGGAGCGAACCUGAAGCACUGGAGCGCUGGUGCGAAGUCUGUGGUGCUGGAAGCAGCGAGGCCGAGCUGAAAGGCCGCCUGGGUCUCCUUGCUGCCGAGCUCCGGCGCUUGGGCAAAGUGGCUGAGGCCAAUGCGCUGGAUCGGUGCAGGUCGCUAGUUACAGGAGGUGCGAGGCAGCAACGGGCGCCCUGGACACUUCCACAGGGCCAGCUCUCGGAUGAACAGCUCUACGACGAAAAACGUACAGUUUUCGCGCGAGAGCUUCCAACAAGCUUGGAUGUUGACAAGUUAUCGGAGAAGAUCCGAAACCAACUGGCUGAGUUGCCUUUGGAGAAGAUUGCUCUCUUCCGCCCCAAGAACGGAGCGAAGAACCGAGGUUAUGGUUUUCUGGUCUUCGGCAGUACGGAUGAUGCCCAGGUGGCUCUCAAAAGGCAGCUGUACAUAGAUGGACAGCUGGCCAAGCUGCAGCCUUAUGCACCCCCGCUGGUGAACAUGACUUUGGUCGUGUGGAUUGUGUGGCUCUACCAGCGAAGGAGCAACACCAGCAGCACCUUCCGAGACGCCGAUAAGCAGGCCAUCUUCUCCCUGCUGCGUCAGCAGAUGGAGGAAGAAAGCGGCACACUGGCAACGGAUAGUCGUUUGAAAGAAGACCUCAGGCAAGAGGCCUUGAACAUCGUGGACAUCGCUUCACGUUUGCAGGAUGACCUGUUCUUGGCGGAGCCAAGUCGUGAGGGACCUCUCAAGCAACUGCAGCAAAACCUUUCAGAGCUGAUGCAACAGGUGAUGAGGGAGGAGUCGUUGGUGGAUGAUCGUGACAGCCAACUUCAAAGGAGCUUCGAGGUCUCGAGGCGAGAUCUCAAAGAAGCUCGCGAGGAGGUGGGUGGCCCCAUUCUGUUGGUGGACGAUGACAUCUUUGGACCUCUCACCAGCACGGCGAGUGGGAUGUUGGCCGGGCUGGACAUUGCGAUUGCAACACAGGCCAUUCUGCUCGCCGUCCUCUUAGCUGCAACCCAGCGGCAAGUGGCUGGAAACGAGCAGGCAGACUCAACCAACGUGCAGAGUACUGCAGGAGAUGCCGCUGUUCGCUCCACGUCGAAAGAGGAGGCUGAGAAGCAAAGCAGCGCGGAGCCAGCGACGAAAUGCAAAGUGGUUCUGCGCUUUUAUGGGCGGUGGGAUAAUGAAGAUAAGUGGGUGCUGCUGCAGUCCUUGCCUUUGCAGGGGGUUGCUGGUACAGUGGUCAAUGGGUUGCGGAGAUCGCAGAACUUCCUUGGACCUCUGGCCAGCAAAUUCUUGACGGCCUUGGUGGCUCGCUCAGCACGUGGCCUAGUCCAAAGACGUGGCUGGAAGCCCAUUGUUGAGAAGACCAUGGCGGAGGUGGGUCGAGAGUUCUACUUGGGGUACCUCGUUGAGCCAUCCUCGGCCAAAGCCUCGCGAAAGAUUUCAUUGGUUAACCCUGGUGGACCGCACGUGGAAGAGGCUGUGGGCGAACACUCCUCUGGGUGGUCCUUUGAAACCAGGUACAUUGAGGCCACGAUCCCUGAAGUCUACACUGAUCCGACCAUCCGCUUCAAUCGUCAAGUCAAGGACUGGGGUGUUGAGUCCGGGUUACCCAGGGGCAGGGACCAGACGAUAUCGUUCGUAGCAGUGCGUAGCCACUGGCGUGGUUUCCAACCGCUGAGGUACACCAUUGACGUGGGCGAUCCGGAGGCCGGGAAAGAAUGGCGCGAUCAGCUUCCAAAGUUGCCCGAAUUGGCCAAUUUCCAGUUGCCGGACCACAUGCUGAACAACAGCCGACGCCAGCUGGAGGAGAUUCCUCCAGCGCAAAGGUUCAGGCUGCCCGAUGAGUCCAAGGAUUCCAAGUAUGCGGCCUUUAUGGACAAGGUGCGCGCCUUCCAAAAGGAUGAGGAAGAGAAGGAGGCCGGUGCUGUUCGGCUGGUGACCAGUUCAAAAUGGGUAUAUAUAUAUAUAGAGAACCAACAGAUCACUGGGUAG